AUGGCUGUCCUUGGGCUCUUCUCUUUGCUGCUUUUGCAACGUUUGGCCGUAGGGACCACUUUCUCUGAUGAAACCAUUGCUGAGUUCUCGGUGAAUAUGUAUAAUAACCUUCGAGCCACUGCGGAAGAUGGAAAUAUCCUUUUCUCUCCAUUGAGCGUCACCCUUGCUAUGGGAAUGAUGGAACUGGGAUCCCAAGGGACUACCCUGAAAGAAAUCCGUCAUUCAAUGGGAUAUGACAGGCUGAAAAAUGGUGAAGAAUUUCCCUUCUUAAAGGAUUUUUCUAACAUGGCCACUGCUGAAAAGAGCCAGUAUGUGCUGAAAAUUGCCAGUUCCCUCUUUGUGCAAAACGAAUUUCAUGUCAAUGAUGAAUUUUUGCAAAUGAUGAAAAAAUAUUUUAAUGCAGAAGUAAAUCAUGUGGACUUCAGUCAAAAUAUUGCUGUGGCCAACCACAUCAAUAAGUGGGUGGAGAAUAACACAAAUAGUCUGUUGAAAGAUUUGGUAUCCCCAAGAGAUUUUGCCGCUGUCACUCAUCUGGCCCUCAUCAAUGCUGUCUAUUUCAAGGGUAACUGGAAGUCACAAUUUAGACCCGAAAAUACUAGAACCUUUUCCUUCACUAAAGAUGAUGAAAGUGAAGUACAAAUUCCAAUGAUGUACCAACAAGGAGAAUUUUAUUACGGAGAAUUUAGUGAUGGCUCCAAUGAAGCUGGUGGUAUCUACCAAGUCCUGGAAAUACCUUAUGAGGGAGAUGAGUUAAGUAUGAUGCUGGUGUUGUCCAGACAGGAAGUUCCACUGGCCACUCUGGAGCCACUGCUCAAAGCACAGCUGAUUGAAGACUGGGCGAACUCUGUGAAGAAGCAGAAAGUGGAAGUGUACCUGCCCAGGUUCACAGUGGAACAGGAAAUUGAUUUAAAAGAUGCUUUGAAGGCUCUUGGAAUAACUGAAGUUUUCACCAAAAAUGCAAAUUUGACAGCCUUGACUGAUAAUAAGGAGAUUUUCUUUUCCAAGGCAAUUCACAAGUCCUUCAUCGAGGUGAAUGAAGAGGGCUCGGAGGCUGCUGCCACCUCAGGAAUGAUUGCCAUUAGUAGGAUGGCUGUGCUGUAUCCUCAAGUGAUUGUCGACCAUCCAUUUUUCUUCCUUAUCAGGAAUAGGAAAACAGGAUUAAUUUGCUGA